GUAGUCAGUUUCUGUAAUUUGCUUCAGCUUCGUUAGACGUUCACCAUCAUGGCGUCAUCUCUGCGGAGGAAGAGGGUCUCCAUAGUGUCUCUCUCGAACAGAAUGAAAGUCCCACCGAAUAAACCAAAAGCAUGGUUCGGAUGUAGACAUAGCCAGGUGAUACUCAUGUGCUUAGGGUUCUUCUGUUGCUACGCCAUCCGAGUGACGACGUCCGUGACCUUAGAGGCAAUGACCAACGCGGCCAGUGCCAAUCCUAUUUUCGAGGAAUUUCACUGGGACGAACCGGUGAAGCACUUGAUCCUUAGCUCCUUCUUCUGGGGCUAUACCUGCACGCAAAUACCCGCCAGCAUCCUUACCCAGCGAUGGAGCGCCCAAGGACUGUUUUCAAUGACUCUGAUCAUCUCUGGGUUGCUGACUCUCGGCACUCCCCUAGCCGCUCAUUACGGUAGUUGGCAGACUGUGAUUGCUACGAGGGUGAUGUGCGGUCUCGUCCAGGGUGCUUGCCUGCCGUGUCUGCACACUCUGCUGUCUAAAUGGUCGCCGCCUGAGGAGCGUGGUAGACUUGCAAUGUUCGUUUAUUCCGGUGGCUGGGUCGGCAACGUGGUGUGCUUGCUGAGCACCGGUUUCCUCGCGUCAUCAUCCAUUGGCUGGCCUAGUUGCUUUUACGUUUGGGGAAGCCUCGGCGUCGUCUGCGGCAUUUGUUUCUAUCUGUUCGGAAAGGAUUCACCCGUCGAACAUCCCAGUAUACCUCUCGACGAAAAGGAAUAUAUUGAGACGAGUCUGGGAGUAACCGAGAUCAACGAGAAACCUUCCACUCCAUGGAAAUCUAUACUGCAAAGCAUGCCAGUCUGGGCACUACUGAUAGUGCAGUGUGCGCAAUCCUGGGGAUUCUGGAUGCUGCUGACGGAAAUCCCGUCCUACAUGACUUCGAUUAUGCAUUUUAACAUCAAGCAGAACGGUAUGAUGACGGCGUUGCCAUACUUGUCGGCAUGGCUUUGCGGCUUUCCGAUCAGCUUCGUAUCCGAUCUGUGCAUCAGGCGGAACAUCGUGACAACGGAAAUGUCCCGGAAGAUCUGCAAUACAUUCGGUCACUGGUUGCCGGCGGCCGCGUUGAUCGGGUUGGGGUACGUGCGGCAGGAUCAGCCGGAGCUGGCCGUCACCAUUCUCGUAAUCGCCGUGUCCUGUAACAUCGCCGCUUUCUGCGGCCACAAUAUCAAUCAUAUGGACCUCAGUCCAAACUUCGCUGGCCCACUCAUGGGAUUCACUAACACCGUUGCGUCCGCCUGCGGCAUCCUCGCGCCGUUGAUCGCCGGGGUGAUCAUCGAGGAUUCGACCAAUAUAUUACAAUGGAGAAAGGUGUUCUUCCUGUCGGCCGGAAUAUACACGGUGGGCAACCUGGUCUUCAUCCUAUUUGGCACUAGCAAGGUGCAAAAAUGGAAUGAUGAAAUUAAAAGCAGGCGGGACAGCGUGCAGAACGUAUCGAAGACGCCGGUAACCAUUACGACGAUACAGGAGAAGGAAGUCGAGAGGAUCCCAUGACGAACAGAACAGAGAAAAAGCGCGACAAUACUUGUUUCCUUUUUUUUUAUAUUUUAUUUUUCACAUUAUUUGUUUAAUGUGUGGAUGUGUGAUUUGCGUGGUAACCUUCUGAAUGACUUAGAACAAUUAACGUUAUCUCAGAAGCAUGUACAAAAUACAUAUUAAAAUGUUUGACUAGAAGCUGUAAAUAUCGCUCGAAUAUGUAUAAAAUUCAAGCCGAAUGUGUACAUAGGACGUAUCGGAAUGGCUUUUAUUUAAUUUCGCUUCAAGAAUGUAAGCGAAGAAAUCAAUCUCGUCCUGUAAUUAAUUUCAUUUUAGACUCUCAUGCGUGGUCGCAACUCGCAAUAAAAUUAGCUUAGAAUUUAGAUAAAUUCGCUUAAUUUAAAUAAAUUCACACUUCAUGUAAUAAGAUCUCUUAAUCUUAUUCAAAUAGAAAGAUGUGUUAAAUAUAGUCGGCUUAAUCGUAUGUCUUAUACAAGAGAAAUCGUUAUAUUAAAUCUGUCUAAAAUAAUCCAUCAAUAAAAAUUUAAUAUAAUUGUA